UUUUUAUUUAUAUAGAUAGAUAGAUUAAUUGAUCUAAAUCCUAGUCUCCGAGUUGUGGUCAUUUAAAUGGGAUGAAAAAACCGGUAGUUUGACUCGUGAAAAAACUUUGUGGAGAUGUUAUUUCCUUCUGAAUCAAUGUUCUACGUUGUUUGCAUUUUCUGUCAGCGAAGUAGAAGUAGCCAUUGUAGAAUCAAAGUUCUAGAAAUAUUUUAAUGAAUGUGUAAAUCAUGCAAUGGUGAUAAAAGAAUCAGAGAAAAUCGUUUUUUCAACGGCAUAUUUGCCUUAGUGGCAAUGUGUAUUCUACCAGGCAUUAUCAAACAGUGUGUAUCGCGUGGCUAUAUGACAUUAACCAGACCAGGAAUCGUAGUUUUGAGUAUACAUAAUCUAAUUAGAGUUAAUUGAAGUGCACCACAUUAACCAACCCAUCCCAUCAGCACGGUAGUUUAAUUCUCAUAAAAAAAAAACUCUCAAAAGCCAUCACUUAAUCAGUCCUCCAGCCAAGCCCGUAUGUAAAGUAUGCGAAAGUUAUCAAAUAUCACCGCAUUUAUUCCAUAUCCAGUCCAGCCGGUUCACUCAUUUAGUUCUUCACCGUCGAAAGGAUGCGUUGCUUUAGGAGGAGUAAUGCGAAGCCACACUCUAGGACGAUUUUUGGCGAAUAUUGUUCCACAAGUUCGGUCCAUGGAGUGCGUUACUUCAGCGAUCCGGAACGAACCAUUUGUGAAAAGUUUUGGUGGAUUGUGAUGUUCGUGGUUUCGGUGAGUGGCUGUGUAGUAUUAAUAUGGAGCACGUGGCAAAAGUGGAUCCUAGCGCCAAUAGUGAUGAACUUUGAGAAUCAACCAAUUCCGGUCACGGAGAUUCCGUUUCCAUCGUUUACCAUCUGCCCACCGGGGAAAGUGUCCAAAUCGAUGUACGAUUUCGGAAAGGAAGCUAAGGAGCUGAAGAGCAGCGGAUCAUAUGCCAAUGCCUCAGACAACUUCCUUGCGAUGGUGCAAAUGUGUGAAAUUUUAUUCAAAUUCAGCAAACAUUACAGUAUAAAACUGCGGAACAAAAAAUACCCAUUGAGCUAUUCGGCGGUUGUCGAAAACAUCUCUGUUCCCAUGGAAAACUUCAUUGGGAAAUGCGACUUCAAUGAUUAUUUCUCAUGCGAAUAUCUGUUCCAGUACGUCAUGACCGAUAUGGGCCUUUGCGUCAAUUUCAACAUGCUGCAGAAAUAUCGGAUGUUACGGAGGGGGUCGUUCCCCAAAAAUGAUCCCUUCAUAUUCCCUCGUGGCAGAGGUCUACGAACGGGACGUGAUGAUAAUGGAGGUGUAAUUGAUCUAGACGCUCUUUUGGGGGUCGAUAAAGCAUCUCAAGAAGAGAAUUCCACUUCUACAACCACUGCAAGCCCACGGAAUAUUCGGAAGAGAUCAGUUUCUAGGAAACGGAAUCCGAUCGAUAUCUGGUUCCCGGAAGAAGGAUACAUUAAAAAGCAAACCCUGGACAAUAUUCCCACUCGAGGACUGGGAGCUGGAAAAUACAGGGCAUUCAACUUGGCCUUGAUUGGUCACGAAGACGACAUGAGUAAGGAAUGCGACGAUCUGCAAAUCCGAGGCCACAAGAUUCUUUUUCAUUCCCCGGUGGAUUAUCCACACAUGAUUAACUCGGUGGUGAUCCCAUUUGACCACAUUACACAGAUAGCCGUGAAGCCCCUGGUUGUGAAAACAAGUCCUAAAGUACGUAACUAUCCUCCGGAGCGACGUCAAUGUUUUUUCGAAGAUGAGCGCUAUCUGAAGUACUUCUUGGUAUACACCCAGAAUAACUGCGAACUCGAAUGUCUAUCGAACUACACACUGGCACGUUGCGGUUGUGUAAAAUACUCCAUGAUGCGCUCGGAAGAGAUGAAAGUUUGUGAAACUAUCAAUUAUCCAUGCCUCCAUAAUGCUGUGAUGGAAUUCGUCAAAACGGAAGACCCAACUCGGCGGUUUACUUUUGGAAAAAGACCCAAACUAAAUGCUUUCAGCUUCAGAGGUCAGUGCAACUGCUUGCCAGCCUGCACAUCGUACCAGUACGACUUUGAGAUUUUUAAACAAAGCUUUGGAAGUGGUAAAAUUGACGGCAUAACCGCAGACUACUUGGGAACUCUCAGCGUAUUCUUCAAGGAACCGCAGUUCAUCGCGAUGAUCAGAUCGGAGCUGUAUGGAUUUACGGAUUUCAUUGCUAACUGUGGAGGUCUGCUGGGGCUCUUCACGGGCACCAGUCUGCUGAGCUUAGUGGAAAUUGCCUACUUUUGCUUCGUGAGACCUUUGAGCAGAAGAAUCAAUAGAUCCAGGGUCAGUAGUGUACAUAGUCUACCGCCAGUUAUAAGUACAGUAUCCGGGAAUGGGAAGGCAUGCGAAGAAAUACAGCCAGUGGAGAAAUGAUCAAAUUGAGAAUUGGCAUUCAAUAACUCAUGUCAAUUUUCAACGGUAGUGAAACAACGUACAACUCAUCAUAGUGUUCCCAACAUAAAAGACCAGUAAUUAUAAUAUUAAACAUACAAUUUACAAAAUAG